ACUGCGCAGUCCGAGCUCAGAAAGUUGGUUCAACUACAUUUCCUCUUAAUCGCGUUCGCUCAGACACCGGAGCGAACUGUAGCUGUAGCCGGGGAAGCGGGUUGCUGACUUGGCCACGGUGCCGACACAUGUUGGAGCUAAAGCUAACCUGCUAGCGUUAGCAUCAGGCUGCUAGCCAACGCUAAUGGUGCCUUCAGGUGCUCCCGGAGUCUGUUUCAUGAUGCGGCGAGGGGAGCACGCUUCACAGGCUUUUCAAGCCCCGGUGGACGUCCACGCCAGUGCAGAAGGUCAGGUGUAUAUGUUCAAGAGGAGAUCGAAUGAAUCCGCUGCAUCCUCAGACGACGAGGAGUUCAGUGUCAUGGAGAUGAGACCAUUGGUUUCUCGAGAGCAGGAGCGCAACAGACUGAAAAAUGUCCAGCUGCUAGAGCGGAAGGUUGAGGAUGGUGACAAUCUCAACAAGCUCGCACUGCAAUAUGGCUGCAAGGUGGCAGAUAUUAAGCGGGCGAACAACCUUAUGCUGGAGCAAGAUUUAUUUGCACUGACAUCCAUCAAAAUACCGAUACAGAAACACAGCGUUUUAACAGAGACUUGCUCUGACAAAAAUGAAGGAGCGAUGCCACACUCAUCUGAUUCACCAGUAAAGUCUCUAGACAGAGCCAGAAACCAACCACAUCGACAGGAGGUCACAGACUUUCUCAUGGAGGUGGAUAAUGACAUUGAGAAACUCAUUCAGACUUCCAAAGAACAAGAUGAGGACAUGUUGUGUAACUCGGAGAAAGAGCAACGGUUUGGUUUCAGAGGACGGAGCCUGACCAGUCACGGUGCCGACUGGGGAAUCCAUUGGUGGAACGCUGUGGUUGCCAUGCUCCUGAUUGGCAUCAUCCUGCCAUUAUUUUAUGUAAUUUAUUUCAAGACGAAAGAUAAUGGAGUCGUUCCUCCAACAAAUGGUAGUGGCACUAUAGAGUCGCCCAUCACCUCUUCAAACCACUCAGGGACGGGGUUCAGCACAAGAGGACUUAAGCAUUUUCAUGAGCACGGAGUGUAAAGUCUCAGAAAACCAGAAACAUUUGAAGACCGUUGGUGACGAUCAAGAAAAAGCCCAAUCAAUGAUUUAGCGCAGUGCAAUAUCAGCAUUUGUCAGUGUUAAAAGGAGUGAAUUUUACCUUUUUAAUGUGGUGUUACUGUGAAGAUGGAUGCAGACACUGGAAUCGUAACAUUGGAGUGAAGUUGCUGCACGUUGUUCUCAUCCUACAACUACAUUUUCAUUUGAAAACGGAACUCUGCUACAGACAUGCCUAGUGUCUACUCUGGAGUUCAGAGCUGCUCCCAUUUUAGUUUGAAAACUCUGGCUGCUUUUUAGUCUGGACAAAGAAACUUAGAUGUUUGGAAACGAUGACGUAGACACUCAUGACCGCCUGCUGGGUGUCUUUGGUCAUAACGUAGCCUUUACUGAUUUGUCUGGCUCCCAGCACAUGACCCCCUUCCGGACGAAAACAACUGGUAUUAGCCUCGACUAUCAGGAACUGAGCUAUUAUGCAGCGUUCAAUUAUUCCUCUGAGUUCUGCCCUCAGAAUGACGUCGAUCUGGAACAAUGUUUACAUUAGCCAGCUAGCCAAACUGUUCAUAAUAACACAUUACGUGCCAUUUCACGCAUACUAACAUCGCAGUACCUCGACCACAAUGUUCCAAUUUAAUGACAAAAGUGCUUAUAAACAGUAUAAACUACAGUUUUCACUAAUGUAAAUACACAGUGGCCAUCUUGGAUUUUGAUGUCGGGGGUGUGAGUUUCCUCCGACCUUCUGAGUCGAAAUUUCCACUUGAGUUGCAACUUGUGGUUGUAAUUCCAAGCUCCAAGGUAUAAUGGAACACAGCAUUAUUCUAGCAGUCUGCUACUAACAACCAAAACUAAAACAGAGCCUAACAGCUUGUGGUGACAGAAAUAAUAAAAAUUAAAAAAAGCUGCUAAUAAAGGAAAAAGUAGAAGUAUGGAUGUAGCCUCAUUUUUGUGAUGAUGCAGGGCAGCAGCAUUUCAUCAAACAGCUUCUAUAGAGAACAGUUUUCUGAUCCUUUGCCUAAAAAGCUUUUCAUGUUGGUUGGGAUCUCACUCUCAGGUGUUUUACUAAAUUUGAGUUAUUAAAUGUGUCUUGAAGCUCCACAUGACUCAAUCUAAACAUUGUAAGCAAACGGGAAACAUCUAGAGAGAGAAAAUGCACACUAGUGUUAUCUCUUUCUGCGUUAUCACAAGCUGGCUUUCCACCACUGUGUGUUAAAUGUCAUAUCAGUGUCAGGUAUCAGGCGAAAAUGUGAUAUCUGUCUUGGCAGAGUAAUAUAUUUUUAAACCGAUAAAAUGGGAGAUUUAUUUUAUAUUUUAUAACGGUGUUCCCCUGUUGCCAAAACCGUGUGUGGUUAUGUUGUAUUUCAUGUGGGUUUGAGUAUCGCGUGUUUGCCUUUUUUGGUCGAACUUAUUAUCUUUGUGUCAAAGGGUUCAUUGUUUAGUUAUGACCAUGCACCCUGUGCCUUUUCUCUGGGUCUAAUGAAGGAAGUGUGGAAUGUGUUUACAGCAAUAAUGCGGUGCAAUAUACUUUAAUUUUCUUUUGAUUGUUUGUUUUCAUUUCACAUCACGUUUUAAAAUACAGGUUGUUUCAUUGGGAAGGUGACUUACUUGUGUGACAUGUAAGAAAGCGUCUUAAACCCUUAUUGUUAUAUUUAUACUGCACGCUCCUGUCUGUCAUUGUCUGAAGGGAAUUCAAGUCCACUGGACUGAAAGGAUUUACUUUAUAUAUUUGUAUAACUUUUAAGUUCCAUUUUCUUUGGAAGAGUUACUGCAAUGGAUCCUUUUACAGAGCGUGUCUAUUUAAUAGAAACUUGGAGUCAGUUUACAGCAACAUCACAAACGUCAGCUUUCAAACUGAUCACAGUAAAAUCAGCACGUCUAUGAACAUUAUCACAGUUAUGAAGGGAAAUUUAUUGCAGGUCUGUUGAAUGAGAUUGAAUUAGUUUUAGCCAGGUUGUUCCUAAUAAACUGGUCAUUGUAUGCAGUAUGAUAGUGUGUGAGUGUGUCAUGUCUUUAAACUAUUUUGUUGUCUUUUGUGUUUGUGCCAUUAGUUAUUUAAGCACACUUGCUUAUAUACAAUGAGAUUAUAGAUGCACACAGAUGCAAAAUAAAUGUGAUGAAAUCACUCACUACAGAAAAUAUACAACGAAAUAAACACAUUCAUACUAAUGUGAUGUUUGAUUAUUAUCGCAGUACCUGCUGAUAUCAGAAGAUACAAACAGUGUCACUGUAAGGUUUGUUUUUAGAGGAACGGAGUCAGGCAGUCUUCUUGAGUCAGGCUGCAUCUAAGGUGAUUUUUGUAUGUCGAUGAGUGAUAUGCUGAUGUUUGUAUCAAAUAAAAUGAUUUUCCAGUCAAC